AUGACGCAAUCAAAACAUGAAAAAAACUUUAAAAUGAUUAAACACGGUGAAUGGAAUUUUGAAUAUAGCCCAAAACAAAACAUUUUUACAACAAGUAUUGAGUCUUUCGAAAAAGGUCUUUUUCAACGGGAACUCGGUGAGGAUUGCUUAAUUAAUCUUACCGAAAACGAUUUAGACGACUUUAGAAGGGCAUCGGUGAUUCACAAGAUCGCAAGAAAAAAAGCUUUGUCGAUGUUAUAUUCCAAUGGCAAACUUGCCGAUCUUGUCGAUGCUGUUGAAGAAAUUAUAUUAAAAUUAUGUAAUCAAGAUCCAAAAACUUACUAUUUACACGGUUCCCAUAAAAAUAACAGUUCGGGUCUUGCAUUUCCAGUAGGUGUAAAUAUUAACAAUAUCGUUGCACACGAUUCUAAAAUUGUCAAUCAAAAUGGCAAAUCAGACCAAAGAAUUUUCUUUAAUGGUGAUGUGGUCAAAAUUGACAUCGGAGUCCACAUUAAUGGGAGAAUCAUUGACUCUGCAUUUACGCAUAUCGUAACUGAUAAACCGGGAGUCCACGACUCAGAUAAUAUCUAUAAUCCCGUUCUCGAUGCUUCGAGAGACUCAAUGUUUAAUGCUGUUAAAAUGGCUGGUCCGGACCAAAGACUCGAUGAAAUUAGUGAAUGUAUUGAUGAAAUUAUUAGGUCAUAUGAAGUAACGAUGGGUAGCAAUGAAAUAACCAUACCCAUUAGACCCGUUAAAGGUAUUGGUGGUCAUAAUAUUAAACAAUAUCAGAUUCACGGGGGUAAGCUAAUUUUGAGCCAUUCAUAA